GUCACCGUCGUCCUCCCCCUGCUUCUCGGCAUCAUUUCCCCUCGUCCUCCUGCUCUCCUCCUCGACUCCAGCUCCCCUUCCCCCCUUCCCUCCUCCGUAGCCAUUUUGGGCUCGGGCCUGCGGCCAAAAAAUGGCCGGCCCGUCUUCCCCCGCCGGGCCCCGCCGAGACGGCGGCGGCGGCCUCCUAGGCGCUCGCCCAGCGGCGCGCGGUGCGCCGGCGUGGCUCCCGGUCGGUAUCGCGUUGUGCUGCUGGCGGCCCUGCUGCGGCGCCGACGAGGUCCGCUUCGGGAUGCCGCUCGCGAGCUACCCGCCGUACGUGUAUUUCGAUAACGACACCGCGGAGUGGUCUGGCUUUGCGCGGGCGGUGAUAUCGGCGAUCGCGGCGGAGCUCGACGUGCACGCCGUGCUCGUGCCAGACCCGGCGUUCCCGAACAUUUCAGCGCUGUCAGCUGGCAUUUUCGACGUCACGAUCCUGGAGUUAACUCACCAAGCGGCCUACGAUCCGGGCAUGGAGCUCUACUACAAAGUAAGCUACCCUUGGUUCAGCGCGACGACCGGGGCCAUGGUGCGUCGGACAGAAACUCAAUAUGGAGGCUGGAAGUUGUUCGAGCCAUUCGAGGGGGAUCUCUGGAUAGCCAUCGUGGCGCUGACUUUCGCGGUGUCUGGCGUGCUGGUGAUCUUGAUGGGCUUGGCAGGGCUGACCGAUGGACAGAGGGGCAUAGGCUUGACCUCGCACGGCACAGCGAAGGCCGUCUACCACGCCUGGGCGGCGCUGCUUGGAGGGGAGGACUGCGAGUGGCAUGACUGGCCUGGGCGCACUCUCCGCCUGGGUGUCCUCUUCGCCGUUCUUGUGCUGAGCAGCACCUAUACCGCUAACCUGGCCUCCUUCUUCACGAGGCCUAGCACCAGGGUUCAUGGACCCAUAGACCGUGCAACGCUGAGAGACGCCACGGCCUGCGUUCUGCCAGAUGACCCGCUGCAGGCGAUCGUGCAGCCAUACGUCAAGGACAUCGUCAGCCCCUCCGCGGGCAUGGAGUACCAGGCACAGAGGCAGUGGUGCCACGCCGCCCUGCAGGAGGGGCAGGCGAGCGUCUGGAUCGACGACAUGGGGUCUCUGAGCGAGUGGCUCCUGAAGCACUGCGACAGCGUGGCGCUCGUAAACACGAUUGCCCUCGCGCCUCGGAGGUUGGCGUUCGUCGCGUCCCACGAGAAGCGCUCGAUCGUGGCCAACCUCAGCCAGGCGAUCAUCAAGCUGGAGUCCACCCCAGCCUGGAUUGAGCUGCAGCGCGACAGCUUCGGCUGGGGCAGCUCCUGCGGCACGACCAUCUCGUCUGCGUCCGACACCACACCAAUCACCUUCGAGAGCAUGGGCGGGCUUUUCCUCAUCACGGGCACGAUCACGGUCACGGCCGCCAUCGCUGGUUGCGGCGAGGCCGCCAGCAAGGGCUCCCGCAGAAAAAUCUGCGUCGAGCAGGAGGCGAGCGAGGAACGGCACGGGCGCACGGACGGCGAGAUGUUGCGCACCCUGAUUGGCAAGAUAGACAGGCUGAGGACCCAGGCAGAUCCUGAAUCGCGCCGGCGCUGCUCCAGAGGAGACGAAGCCGCAUUUGAGGGAGAGAACUCCCGCCCUCCAGGCUACGACAUGCCAGAGACCGAGAGCUAGAGAAACUCCGCGUGCAUAUGUGCACUCCCUUGUCGCCCAUACGGUGCCAUCUCAGUUGCGCCUCCUUUCCGUUGAGCAUUGCCCAUUGUAUAUGACUUGUCCUCUGGGGAGAAGGAGGAGGUAAGACGAG